CUGUACCGGUCUGUGGCCAUUUUGCGGACACUCGAUUCACGACGGCUGACUCUCUCUAGGCUAAAUGGGAUGUCGACGAACUGCACCGUCACCCAGACUUCGUUCCCAGGAAAGAGCCCGUAAAACCAAAGCCCAGUCCCGAAGACGAUGAUCUGCCACCUCGGCCAACGGACGUUGGCAAGAACAGUAGCCUCGACGACUCAAUGGCAUUCGAUGGCGACGGGGAGUUCGGAAGUGAGUACAAUGGCAUGUCACGAUCGCUUACAACCGCUAACCUUCUCCUUAGGCGACCUAUUCGAUGAAGCCGACUUUGGGGUAGGCGGAUCUGGCAACCCAGACGAGGUAGUACUAGGACCAGAAACACAGAAGCAACCACCGACGCCUUUAAACGGGCCCAACGUAGCUCGACAGCCAUUCAAUAACAACGCUCGUGCACCAAUAAGACCCAACCUAGCCAUGGUAACGCCAUCCAAGCCGGAACGGCCCUUCAACCCAGCACCCGGUGCCAGACAAAAUCCCGCUCCUCAGCCCUUUAACAGCAGGCUCAACCCUUCCGCAGCCCAAAACCAGCCCGCACCUCAACGACAAUCUAUGCCUCCUCAAGCUCCCCAGCAAAACCUCCCCAACAACCGGAUGGUCCCACCAGCACAAGCAGGCGCCGCCGCAACAAACACAAGUGGUGCCGUGCCCAUCAAACGUGAAUUUGGGGCACCCACCACCAACGAACCCCCCAAACCGCAAGACACACUUCCCGGCACGCCCUCCGCAUCAUUCUUCUCCGCUCGCGCAGUCGACCUCCUCCGUGAUAACCCUAACGGGGUCCCAUCCGGAGCCCCAGUCUUCGACCCCCACGCGGAGAGUCCCUCCAUCCGGAAGACCGCAGGCAUCGACCAUAACAAGAGUCUCCCAGUCUCCAGACCCAUGCUCGCCGGAACCGGCGCCGCCUCCCCAGCAACAAACAACGCCCGGGACUUCGUCAACCCAUCCCAAGAUAUGAACCGCAGGAUCGGAGCCCCGGGCAUGAACAGCCCCAUGAGCAGACCUAUGACCACAUCAUCUUACCGGCCCUUAACACGGCCUAACAUCAAUGCCCCGGGCGCAGCUGCGGCCGCCAAUCGUGCAUCUACACCGGGCCUCGCACCGCAGAACAUAAACGGAAAACGACCCCCUUUGUCUGAUGUGACGAAUGCCUCGAACCCUAGUGGCGGCAGCGGGCCUGCUCCACCGGUAGGCGUUGAGAACGACCCGAAACGACCUAAGAUUACCCCGGGUGGUGCUGCUGCGCCAGCGCCGCCGCAACAGCCGCAGCAGCAGUGAUGAUAUGCUGCUAUAUUACAGUAUCGUUUAUGAUAAGGUCUAGUCUCGGUAUUCUUCCAAUGCGUUAUAUCUAUUCAUAGGGACGGCGUUCAGGGACGGAAAUGGAAUGGAUAUUGGCGGGAUGGUAUGGAUGUUGUAUGUUUUGAUAUAAGAUGGUUGAGCUAGCUUGUAUCGAAGUUCUUGACCAAUUUCUUCUACUUCUAUAGUGAUGUGAAGAUAAUCUACCUAGAUUAGCCGUAUUCCUUCCUCACCUUAGUUGAACCGGAGUACAUGAGUUAAAG